GUCACUGUGAGAACUGUUUUAUCCGAGUUUCGCGUUUCCGCUUUCUCUUAGACAGGGCUGUCAAGAAACGUAGUUGACUAAGAUAACCCAAACGUAUGGUUCCCUAAAACAGGCAGAGGUGUUACAAAGUAGCUCUACAAAUGGCAGCAGUAGGCGGAGUAAGGGCUCUCCAAAGGCUUCAUCCACCAGGGACGUUUCAGCGGUGCUUUGGACUCGUCCCAGUACAGUUGACACCAACCUGUCUUCCCAGGAGGCUGUGCACUGCUCCUACAAGUAGUAAGGAGCGAAAGCAGCCGGAGACCCCAGAGAAUGAAUCUCUGCUGGAGAAUCUGAAUCUCAUGGGAGUUGACGUGAAGAUGGCACGCCUGCGUCAGCCUGGGGUGCUUCGUAAAGCCAUCACAAAUGAGCAAGCUGUCGCUCGCUUUUUGCAAGAAAAAGGUGCCCCCAACAACAUCAUCGCCAGCAUCAUAUCCCGUUAUCCCCGCGCUAUCACCCGCUCCGCUCAACACUUAGAACAGCGCUGGGAGCUGUGGCAAAAGAUCUUCAAGACUGAUGAAGAAAUCGUGAACAUCCUGUAUCGCUCACCUGAGUCUUUCUUCCGCUCCAGUGAUAAUGCCAACUUGCAGGACAACAUUACUUUUCUCACCUCGCUGGGACUGAACAGCAAAGACCUCCAUCGUCUGCUUACCACAGCGCCGCGGACAUUCUCCAAUCGCUUAGAGCUGAACAAACGGAUGGUGCAGUUUCUGGAAGACAUCUGUGCCGAACUUGGCGGGAAGAAUCCAGAGUUGUUUCCUAAAGCUGUCAUAUCCAGAAACCUUUACAUUCUCAUCAGAAGCACGAAGAGAGUCAGGACAAAUAUCGACAUCCUUAGAACUUCUCUUAAGUUGAGCAAUUCAGAACUGCUUUCCCUUUUUCAAGGUCCUGGAGCAGAAAUACUGGAUCUUUCAAAUGAAUGUCUGAAAAAGAAUUUUCAAAGUCUCAGGGAAAAGAUGGUAUCACUUGGCUGUCAGAAAGCUGACGUGAAAAAACUAAUCCUCCGCUAUCCAAUGGUUAUGUACAUUGGGAAGGACACACUGAGCUCUAAACUGGACUGUCUCUUACAAGGGGGAAUAACAAUGAAGCAGAUACUGGACAAACCCAAAGUGUUAGAUUACAGUACACAGAACAUCACAGGGCGACUAGAGGAGCUGAAAAGAGUGGGAUAUGACUUUCAGAAGAAUGGCAUCAACGUCCUGGACUCUAGCCGAAAGCGCUUUGUUGCAAAGAUGGAAAAGCUUGAUGCCUGAAUAUAACUUUCUUUAUAUUAUGUUACAUAAUAUUGGAUGCUGCUUUUACUUGGGCUUGCUUUACAAAUGUGUUUUGUUUAUGUAGUACCUCCAAUAUGAUUUCUGACUUUU